AUUUGAGCCGGUUAAGUGUUUGGAUAAUUCUUCAGCAAAAUAUCCACUCGAGGGCAUCAAGUAUGUCUAUAAGAUAGUAAAUACUGCGUAUUAUAUCCUUCUGUUAUAGCACGCCUCCAAAUCAGUCUCAUAUUACAACCAAAACAAACCACACUGUUAUAAUCAUGCGGUUCACAACUACCACUACCCUCUCUACGCUCUCGCUUCUCCUCGCCUUACCAACACUCAGUACGGCUACGCCAUGCAAGGCCAACGAAGUCGGUGUUGGUUACACCUACAUGACCAAUGGUCAAACCCCUCAAGGGGCGGGAGUUCUCUGGGUUCAGCCCACAAUCUUUGCUACCGACUGUGGAGUUCUUGCCAGCAGCCAUCAGAGUCAUUACUGUAAUAUGGGGUGGGAUGACCCUAGCGGUAUUGUCGCCUGUGAUAAAGACCGUAAAGCCACAGGUGUGGUCCUCAACGGUCGACACUAUGGCAAUUGUUACUCACCAUCAUCCUACAUCUGUGCCGCCUGGUUAUGGGGUAAAGCCUCAGCGGAAAUGUGCUGCAUCCGGGAUGUGUAAGGACGAGGAAUCAGAUGUGGUUGUGUGUAUGUACAAUACUGCGUGCUGAGGGCAGUCGAGAUGGCGAUGUGGUGGCUUUGGCAGCGGGAGCUUGGACACGUUGCGGGCUGCAGAUAUGGUAGUGGGUUGGUUGGUCGAGGCCAUGGCGACCGGCUGUUUAGGGAGGAAUGGUCGCGUAUUGGGUUCUGUUUAUUUGUUUAUUUUGUUAGAGG